AUGCAGCCGCCGGCGACCCUGCAGAUCCCCCUGCAGACCCCCCUGCAGACCACGCAGCAGACCACCCAGCAGACCCUCCAGCAGACCCUCCAGACGACCCCCCAGCAGCCGAACAGCGACGACCAGGACCCGGCAGAAUGCUUUAACAAGCGGAGGCUGAGGGUUCACCAACUCACCGGCGUCCUGUUCGCCCUCUCCCUGGUGGUGUUGGUGGUAGGUCUGGUCUGCGCCACACUCACCGACAACGUAGCGGUAUCCGGCUACUACUCCGGAGUCAUAUUGACUUUUGGAGCGUUCCUAGGCCUCGUUGGGAUGCACCUCCAGGAGAACAGACGGCACAUGUUGAUAGCCGCUAUAAUCUUCAUCAGUCUCGGAGUCAUUGCUGCCUUCUUCUGUGCCAUUUUCGACGGGGUGAUCGCUGGCGAGUGGAUAGACAUUCAGCCGCUGCUGGACGGCAGCUGUGACUUCUACCCAAGUACCCUGGGAUACGGCUACGACACCUACUACACACAGAUUCACUGUCCCUCGCAACAAGGAACAGGAUGCAGGAUGAAAGUCAGGCACAACAGCUGUUACUGCUGCUACAAAUGUCAUAGCUAUUCCGCUAUGCAGUACCGUAUUUUCGAGGGGGUGAACAGCUGCUGGGAUGUGGUCCACCUCCACCGGCUGCUCUGGACCUCUGUGUGCCUCAACAUCCUUGCUGUCAGCCUGGGUAUCAUCACCGCCGCACUGCUUGGAGCCUACAAGGACCUGCCCAAGCCGUCCCUCCAUGUGACUCCAUCCCCGGCACCCCUCCCCCACUUCCUCUACAACCCCACCCAGCACAUGAUGACCUACCCGAUGCAGCCCUACCUGACCCAGCCGGUGAUGCACACCCCACAGUACCACCCUGAGGGGCAGCACCACGCCUCCGACCAGUCCCGGGUGCCUCACCCCCCCACCCAGCCUAACCAGGAGGAGGGGGGGCACCCUGACCUCUACACCCUCACCCCUGACGCCCCUGUGCUCUACGCCGCGGCCUACACCCCCUUCGUGAAGCCCCCGCCUUACGCCUACUAG